GGACGUCUGUAUAUUAUAACCACAUACAGUACGAUGAUUGAACAGAUUUGCAUAAAAACGACUUAAUAACGCAACUGUUUUAUAGAGAAUUAUACUUUCAUGUAUAAAAUAAAUAUGGAGUAGCUGCUUUCUCAUGCAAUGCAUACUUAAGUAAAAAUAAAUAGUGCAUUAUUUAAGCAUUGUUGUAGCUAAGGAAAUCAGAUAUACCGUGAAAAUCUUAUAAUGUUUGCCACGCUAUUGACCAUAUGUUUAGGAAUUUCUUCGGCUUCGGCAAUGGAGCGACAUUUUUAUAUAGCCGCAGAAGAUGUUUUCUGGAACUAUGCACCCUCCGGGCGUAACCUAGUAACAGCCGAUAGCAAAGCUUCUAGCGAAAAGAUCGUAACUGGUCCAGACAGGAUUGGUAACAUCUACAAGAAAGCGAUUUAUCGAGGUUAUACCGAUGGAAGCUUUACACAACGUGUUCAGGUACCCGAAUGGGCGGGAUUCGUUGGACCACUCAUUGCAGCGGAAGUGGAGGAUGUGGUUUUUAUUCAUUUUCGAAACAUGGCUACUGGAAGUAACUUUAGUGUUCAUCCGCAUGGCUAUCAGUACAACAAAGCAAAUGAAGGUGCUGUUUACAUUGAUGGCACGAGCGGAAAUGACAAAUUAGAAGAUGCCGUACCACCAGGGGGCAGCGUCACAUACAUGUGGCAUGCAUCCAGAAUUCAUGGACCUACGGACCAAGAUGACAAUUGCUAUGCUUUCACUUACCAUUCACAUACAAUGGCUCCGAAGGAUGUAGAUACUGGUUUGGUUGGAGUAGGACUAAUUUGCAGAAAAGGAACUCUAGACGCACAGGGGAAUCGAAUAGAUGUUGACAGAGAAUUUUAUCUAUAUGCGGAUGUUGCUGAUGAAAAUAAUAACUGGUACGCCGAUGAGCAUGUACUUAGCUGUGGAAACGUAACUUUGUGCCAAAGUCUCAAGGAAGCUGACAAUGAGGAUUUCAUGGAAAGCAACAAAAUGUCACAUAUUAAUGGAUUUGUGUAUGGCAACUUACCCGACUUUACAACUUGUGAAGGGGAAAAUAUUGUGUGGUACUUCAUGUCCAUAAAUCAAGGCAUUCAUACCAUACACGCAAACGGACAAACAAUGAUUAUAGAAAAGAAAAGAACAGAUACGGCGGUUUUACAUCCAGCCAGUGUUUACUCUGGGUACAUGACUCCAGUUAACCCUGGACGUUGGUUGCUUUAUUGUAGGAACCAAAAACAUUAUGACGAGGGAAUGCAAGCAUUUUUAAACGUAAGGCAAUGGCCACAACUACCAGAAGAAAGACUUCCAGAGCCAGUCGGAGUGGUUCGCCCUGGCUAUACCCGGCGAUUCUUUAUAGCUAUCGAGGAGGUGCUUUGGGAUUACGCCCCGGGAGUAGAUAUUAAUACAAUUCCCGGUGCAUCCACUUUUCUUGAAAGAGGUAACAAUCGUAUAGGAAAUGUUUACAAAAAAGCGAUGUAUGUCGAAUAUGCAGACCCAUCUUUUACUGUAAGGAAGCAAUAUGGUUUCCCACAGCUGCAUUACGGGUUGUCUGGGCCACCAAUCAAAGUGGAAGAAGGGGAACGUGUCGUUGUCGUCGUCAUGAACAAGGCAUCAAGACAAUAUUCCUUUCUAGCUAAUGGUGUAAGAAUGACAAAAGACAAUGAAGGGGCGUAUUACAAAAACAUCCGGAUGGAUUCGCAGAUGACCGGAGCAAUUGUCUCUCCUGGAUUUUCAAGGACAUAUGAAUUCGAUGUUCCAACAGAAGCGGCAUUAACGUCACAUAAUACGGACUGUGUCACGUACAUGUACCACUCCGCUGUAGAUUUAACAAGAGAUAUCUACACAGGAUUGUUCGGUCCACUUCUAGUUUGCAAAUAUGGGACGUUAGCACCCAAUGGGAGACAGAUUGGUGUUGAUCGGGAGUGGUUCCUAAACUGGAUGGUUAUAGACGAGAACAAGUCUUGGUAUAUUGAUGAAAAUAUUGCGAGAUUCACAGGACAGCCCACGACAGUGGACAAGUCUGAUUCUGAAUUCCAGCUAUCAAACAAGAUGAGGGCAAUCAACGGACGGACAUUUGGUACACUUAACGGUUUGCAAAUGUGCACAAGUGAAACAGUAAAAUGGCAUAUGUACGGUCUGGGCGGGCAAGUUGAUCAUCACCACUUUAGUUUCGAGGGCAACAAUUUCAAAUUUGACAACAGGAAUCUAGACACAGCAUCUGUGUUUCCUGGUGUAGGACAAACUGUGACAAUGUCACCAGAUCAAACAGGACAACUGCUAUUACGCGACGGUCAACUUGGAUUUGAAGCAGAAGGAAUGUAUGCCUGGUAUAAUGUUUUAACUUGCGGGGGACAAAGUCCUAGGAAUAUGCCAGCCUCUGUGCUGCGAGAUUUAAAUAGUCCAGUGGAGCUUCAAGCACGAACUGCAAAUAUUCCGAAGCCCCUUCUGCCUAGAAUGGAAGGAAUCGUCAGACGUUUCUAUAUUGCUGCUGUUGAACAGAACUGGGAUUACGCUCCUAUAAAGGUUGAUCCAAUCGAUGGAUCAAGUCUUUUAAAUCCAGACCAUAAAGGGUACAUAUUUAUUCGAAAUGAUCCUCCGUAUCGUGGAACCAUUUACUACAAAGCCCUUUACAGAGAAUUCACAGAUAGCACUUUCACCAAAAUGAAACAAAGAACUCCAAACGAGCUGCACCUCGGAGUUCUAGGUCCUGUGGUUAAUGGCAACGUAUUUGACACCAUCGAGAUUGUUUUCAGAAAUUUUGCAACAUUUCCGUACAAUAUUAUUCCAAGGAAUGUCGUAUUUAAGGAUGGCUCUUCCAUAACAAGUGCUCCAUCAACGAUGCCCGGCGAGACUCGUGUAUACACGUACAUCAUUCCCGAAAGAUCAGGACCUACAUCAAAACAACCGAACUGUGUAGGCUCUCUUUACGUUUCUAGGGUAACCCCUAUGAAAGAUACUUACAGUGGACUAGUUGGACCCUUCGUUGUCUGCAAGGAAGGUAUUUUAGACUCUUUUGGAAGAAGAACAGACGGAGUGACGAAAGAAUUUGCUACCGGGUUUAUUAUAUUUGAUGAGAAUAAAAGCAAUUACAGAGAUGUGAACUUCGCAAACACACCUCCCCAGUCAAUUACCGAUCCCGACUUUAUUGAAAGUAAUAUAAUGCACUCAAUAAAUGGCUUUAUAUAUGGAAAUCUGAAAGGUCUCGUGUUCAGUGAAAUGGAACAUUCAGCAUGGUAUGUUUUCGGACUUGGCUCUGUUGAGGAUAUACACACCGUACAUUACCACGGUCAGCUUUACAUACGCAAAACAUCGCUAACUUUGAAACGCGAUGUGCUCGAAGUAUUUGCAGGAACUUAUGAAACUGUGGAAAUGCUUGGAUAUAAUCCGGGUACAUGGUUGUUUCAUUGUCAUGUAGGUGCACAUGCGUUAGAAGGCAUGGAGACUACAUAUACUGUUUUACCUAGAUUUGACUCAGAUAAACCAGUACAUAAACCACAUAACCCGAGACAUGAACCACAAAAUCCAGGUUAUGGACGUAGGAGAGGGCAAAAACAACGUAAUCCAGGUUAUGGACGCAUGAGAGGGCAACAACAACGUAAUCCAGGCUAUGGACGUACGAGAGGGCAUAAACAACGUAAGUCUGAAAGUGGACAACUCUUGACUGGUCAUGGAACACUGAGAAAUGUUCAGCCUGCUCCUGUUGCAUCCGGGAUCACACAACAAACAAACAAAUUAAAACAGAGAACCAUUCCUUCUAGGAAUCGAGCGGAUACCACCUUUAAACUGCGAAAACCCACUCAAAAGAAAAGGCAAAGAACAGGACAGCGAGGUAGCAGUAAAGAUGCUUUGUUUCAUAAGAGAAGUUAUUUUGCCCAUUGAUCAGAAUGAAUUGCUGGCGACAAUUAGUUAAAGCUAUUAACUCUUCGGAUAAGUGUCACUCCAGAAUGAAACGCAUUAACACGACUGCUGUAUUUGAAAUUUAAUGAUAACAAUCAAUUUGCAUUGAUACAAACAAUGAAUAAGAUAUAUA